UUGUAUAAAAGCUCUGCUUCGCAUUUGUCGGCAUUCAUUCAACGAGUGGAAAUCAUCCCGACUAAACCACAAUGGCAGCUAAGUUCGUCGUAGUGCUCGCUUUGGUGGCCGUGGCCCACAGCUCUGUGGUGCCAGUGGUGCCAGUCGCGAAAGCAGACGACUACACAAGCUUCGCUUACGACGUCGCCGACCCCAACACAGGGGACUACAAGAGCCAGGUCGAGACCCGUGUCGGUGGAACUGUCAAGGGCCAGUACUCGCUCCUCGAUGCUGACGGCACCAAGCGCACGGUUGACUACGCCGCCGAUGACGUCAACGGUUUCAACGCUGUCGUCAGGAAGGACCCCGCGGUUGUGGCCACUCCUGCCGUUGUAGCGACCGCUCCUGCUGUCGUCUCCUCUGCCCGUACUGUUGUUGCUGCUGCUCCUACCGUUGUAGCUUCGGCUCCUGCCGUGGUCGCCUCCGCCCCCGCAGUAGUAGCCGCCCGCGCCUACGCUCCAUCCCUGUACGCUGGUGCCUUGUACUCCCAGAAGUACUACUCUCCCGCUGUGUACGCGGCCGGUACUCCUACCGUCGUGACCCGUAACUUGGCCGGCCCUGCCUACUACACUGCGUCCGCCCCUGUCUUCGCCCGCACUGUCGCCGGACCCACUUACGUGGCCCAAUCCCCCUACAGCUACGCAGCUUACUCUUCUCCAGUUACCUACUGGUAAAUACCUGGAAUGUUUAGGACGUAUCCAAAUACUUGGCUUGUAAAUAGUUAAUUUUGUACAUAAUCAGUGCGGUUAUAAUAAAAAAAUGAUUUCC